UCUUAAUAACAAUACUAGACGAAUAAGAUAACUUUCUUACAAUAGUUGAUGCUUUGAUGCAAUUGCCAUUUUCCAACACCCUCAAAAAGGACCAUUAUUUUCAACACACAUAGUUAUAUAUACAGUGUCUCGCAUUGCCUCUUUAAUCAACUAAACAUGCCUUCCUCCUACCAUUACCAUAUUCUCAUUUUCUCUCUUCUCCUCAUCCAUUACUCCUCCACCACCACCUCCUCCUCGGCCGCCUCCUACCGCCCCAAAUCGAUAGCCCUCCCGGUCUCAAGAGACCCAUCCACCCUCCAACUCACAGCCAAAGUCCUCCAAAGAACGCCUCCAGUAAUCAUACCCUUAACACUCGACCUUGGUACUCCAUUCUUAUGGGUUAGCUGCGGGAAACGCUACCUCUCCUCUACGUACCGCCCUGUUUCCUGCGGCUCUCCUCAAUGCACUCUCGCCAACGCGAAAAUUUGUAAGACAAACAACAUAUGCAGUACAUCUUCCCUCAAAAACCCUGUCACAAACAUCUCCCCGCCCUCAGGCGGCGAGCUAGCCACCGAUGUGAUCCGUAUCAACUCGAUAAACGGGUCGAACAUGGGUAAAACAGUGACCAUACCCAACUAUCUCUUUGUUUGCGCACCGAUGUCAUUGUUACAAGGCCUAGCAAAAGGAGUGUCCGGAGUUGCCGGUCUUGGAAGGACUAAUGUGUCCCUCCCUUCUCAACUCGCCUCCACUUUCAGUUUCUCUCGAAAAUUCGCUCUUUGCCUAUCAUCAUUCCCUUCGGAAGAUGGUGCACUUAUAUUCGGAGACGGGCCUUACAAUUUUGCCUCCGAUAUAGACGUCGAAGUAACCCUACCUUCGUACACUCCUCUAGUCCGAAACCCAGUCCGACCCUCCGAAUAUUAUAUUGGAGUUUCAGCACUCAGAAUAUCACAAGCAGACGUACCAAUUAACAAGUCCUUACUUUCUAUAGAUAGCAAAGGAAACGGUGGAACAAUGCUAAGUGUUAUUUAUCCUUACACUAUUAUGGAAACGUCUAUUUACAAGGCUUUGAUAACCGAAUUUGAUAACAUACUCAAGACAAACUAUAAGUCUAAAAGGGUUGCUCCGAUAGCACCAUUCGAGGCGUGCUACGAUCCUUCCACGUUACCUUACACGAGAAUUGGGCCUUCUGUACCAGACAUCAACCUAGUGUUGCCUAAUGGGGUGGUUUGGCGGAUGCAAGCGACAAACUCCCUAGUGUACAGCACCUUGAGUCCAAAUCAGAGCGCGUAUUGUCUUGGUUUUGUGAAUGGUGGAAGUAAUCCAAGGGCAUCAAUUGUUAUAGGAGCGUAUCAAUUGGAAGAUGUUUUGGUGCAAUUUGAUUUAGCUAAGUCAAGGCUUGGGUUUACUACUUCUUUGGUUCCUGAUCGAAUUAGAUGCUCCAGAUUUAAAUUUAACUCCGUAGUAUGAACACUGUAAAAGUCAACAAUAACGGUGAUUACUUGACACUAAAUAACUAGCCACUUAUAGUGACUACUACUAGUAACGUAGUACAUACUUGUACUAGUCGUUAUGUUUAUCCGAAUAUGUAGUCAUCAAUUCACAUGGUAUGUAGGGAAGUUGGCAAUAAGCAUUAUUGCACGGAUGAUUCCUCACCUAACUAUAAUAAUAAGCUAUCUUAUCCUUUAUGUGCUUGUUGUUAUAGAGUGUACCCUACUAUCGAAUUGAAUGUAUUCCUCCAUAUAGGUAUGUUAGUAUGUCACAAAUCCGGCAAAUAAUUAUGGAUGGUGACAAAGAAAAGGAAAGAAAAUAUUUUGUUAUACUCUACUCCCAAUUCUUGUAAGCUCCAUAUGAUUAAUAUAAUAAAUACUCUCUCCGUUCUUGAAA